AUGAUUUUAUUAGAGAAAAAGAGCGCAGCUUGCGUAGACGUGCAUCGAAGUGCGCGCGUGCAUCGAGAUGCAAGCCAGAACGCGCCUUCGCCCACCUGGGUAGAGUCCUCGGUUUCCGUCAACUUCGUGAAUUCAACGAUUCAGAAGACUCCUGCGAACAUACCGCAGCGACUGAAAGACCUGAUUGCGUCGUACGAAGAGAAUGUCGCCAAACUCGUAAAGCAUGCUAGGGGAAUGUGCAAAAAUAAGAAUGAUAAUCACCGAGAAAUCAAUUUUCAGACUCAGCUAGGAUCGCUCGUUGAACGAGUCGUUAAAGAUCAGUCGAAAGUGAGAAACGCGUACGCUAAACUCGGCAACGUUACGGACUCGACUUUGCAGGUAUCGACUAAAAAGUUAACGAUGGAGAACUUAAAUAAUUUGAGGAACCUUUUCGAUACCAUGAGGGAGCUCGAUAUAAUUUAUCAGGAUGGAGAGAUCACGGACGAGCAUAUUAGGAUCAAACGCACCAAUGAAAGAGGAUACAAAGGACCAGCGUCAGAUCGAGAGGAGCGGAUUAUUCAUACGCUAUUCAAUAUUCAACGUCAGUUGACGCAAAUUCGAAAGUAUCUGGAUAAAUUAUGCAAGAAACAUCACGCGACGUGGACGACAACUACGGAAGUAGUUAAUAAUGUUUCCUCUGUCGAUCAGCAGAACAAAAUACCGAUAAUUCAAAAUUGA